AUGGCCACUCCGCAACCUGAUCUAUCGGACAAGCGUUUGCCGUCCAUCAUGCAUAGCUUUCUUCAGGUUGGUGCUUCCUCUGGUGAUCAACGCCGUUGUUCCGAUACCCUUCUCUUUCCUUCGUCGAAAUCGGCAUCCGCCCACAAUGUACAGUCACGCGCAGAUGAUGCAGGGACCCGGGAUGAUUCAAGCUCUGGCCACACUUCCUCCUCUUCGGGGUCCUUUGUCAUGAUGGAGCGUGACGAGGCUUCGGGGUACCAACCGUCCUCCGCUCCUCGCGACAAAUACCCCGGCGCAAAGGAAUAUCCUCCGGGGGCGAUGCCCCCUACGAAUCUACCCACUCCCCCUUAUUGUCCCGCAUACUCCCUUUUGCAGAAAGAGCCGGAUGAUGUUGAGCUGGGUUCCUCGGCCCCGUCUCAGGGGGUCGGAUCGAUAUUCACCGCGUUGAAGAAUUAUCUCUCUGUGUCGGGAAACACCCCUUCUUCCUCUGACCCAUCAACCCGUCGCCAUACUUCCCUUCCCGUUUCCAGUGUUUCGGAUGACCCUGUCCUUGCCUCUCAUUUCUCCAACCCUUCGCUGCCGUGUACCUCAGAUGUCAUGUCCUUGUCGGACGCCCCCCUCUUCGAACACGAAAAGCCACAUGUUUCAAUGUCCUCUGAGAAUUUGGCGAAGCUAACUGGGAACGUGUCUGAACUUUUGCGUCUAAAGAAUACCCCUCCUCUGACCCCGCGAGCUAUGUCCAACGAAGGCUCUCAAUCCGAACAGAAAACCCCCACCGCUUCCCCUGACCCCCCCGAAGAGGGCCAGUCGCAGUCUGACGAGAUGGACAAGUCCACCGAUGAGAUUACUGGAAAACUAGAACAGGCGUUCCCCUCCGAACCCGACAGCCCCUCAACCGGUCCCCCGGUUGCCUCCCAGAAGGGCAAGCUCUAUGUCAAGAUCUCCGAGGGCCGAGGGCUGCGGCCCGGAUAUGACCCGUAUGUCGUCUGCGUGUUUGAAUGGAACGAGUGCAUCUCCAAGAGUGCCAAGGAUGAGGAAGAGGAGUCGAUGGAGAGACAGAAGCAGGAGCAGGAACGCUCAGACCGGGAGGCUGGGCGCCCAAUGGCGAUUCCCAUGAAGAGCCGCCAAAGCAGCCACAACAGUUCCAUGGAUUCCCAUGAUCCUCGGAGUCGGGCUCCGGUUACGGAUCCUCAUUGGAACCAUGAGGCGACAUUUGAUGUUUUCGGUGAUCAGUCCGAAAUCGACGUGUCGGUGUACGAUCGCAACAACCAAGAGGCUUUCCUGGGUCACGUACGGAUAUGCGUCAACCUGAAGGAGAACGGUCGACUCGAUGGAUGGUAUCCUUUGUCCGCUCGCGGAGCUGGUGACUCUCAGGUGUCUGGCGAAAUCCAUCUGGAAGUGCGCUUCGAGGAAACGGAAAAGAAGCAAGUCGGGCCGAACGACUUCACGCUCCUGAAACUUAUCGGUAAAGGUACCUUUGGUCAGGUGUAUCAAGUGAAGAAGAACGACACCCAGCGCAUUUACGCCAUGAAGGUGUUGUCGAAGAAGGUGAUCAUUCAGAAGAAGGAAGUCGCACAUACUCUGGGAGAGCGUAACAUCCUGGUCCGGACCGCCAUGUCCGCCUCUCCGUUUAUCGUCGGCCUCAAGUUUUCCUUCCAGACGCCCACCGAUCUCUACCUAGUCACGGACUACAUGUCCGGGGGCGAGCUCUUCUGGCAUCUGCAGAAGGAAGGGCGGUUCCAUGAAGCACGCGCCAAAUUCUACAUCGCCGAGUUAAUUCUCGCUCUCCAGCAUCUUCAUGAUCACGACAUUGUAUACCGCGAUCUGAAGCCCGAGAACAUCCUGCUAGACGCGAAUGGCCACAUCGCGCUCUGCGACUUUGGUCUGUCCAAGGCCAACCUGACGCAGAACGACACCACCAAUACGUUCUGUGGAACGACCGAAUAUCUUGCGCCCGAAGUUCUGCUUGACGAACAAGGAUACACCAAGAUGGUCGACUUCUGGUCGCUGGGUGUUCUCGUGUUUGAGAUGUGCUGUGGUUGGAGCCCCUUCUAUGCCGAAGACACCCAGCAGAUGUAUAAGAACAUCGCCUUUGGGAAAGUUCGGUUCCCUAGAGAUGCUCUGAGCACGGAAGGAAGGAACUUCGUCAAGGGUCUGCUCAAUCGCAACCCGCGGCACCGACUGGGCGCCAACGAUGAUGCGAAGGAGCUCAUGGCCCAUCCGUUCUUCCAUGAUAUUGACUGGGAGGCCCUGAGUCGCAAGGAGGUCAUCCCACCGUUCAAGCCGAAACUUGAUUCCGAGACGGACACAUCCAACUUUGACCCGGAGUUCACGAAUGCGCUGAACAACUCGUUGAACGAUCGGGCCGCUGCAGUGGCCAACAGCUUCAUGCCUGCCUCGACACCACUCUCCCCCGGGAUGCAGGCCAACUUCAAAGGGUUCACCUUUGUCAACGAAAGCACAAUCGACCAUCACAUCAAACAUGAUGCUCCGGACCAAAUGGACGAGGAUACGGAAUCAUGGCAGCGCUCUCAUCGGGCUGGUAACUCUGUGGACCACCACCGAAUGAGUGGGGUCCAGAAGACUAGCGAGGGAGGCGAGCAUGAGAUUUUCAACGUUGACGACAACUUUGACAUGUGA